AUGCAAGCUCCAGUUCGAUACACAUGCAAGACAAAACAGGACGUGGGAAACUGGCUGAUAUGCCAGGAUGAACCCUACAUCAUCAGGCCUCCAUGCCUGGUCUAUUCUUUCGGAAUCAACUGGGAGUUUGGCUUUGAUGAUGCAAUGACUGAUUUGGGAUGUGAGGUGCAUUUAUUUGAUCCCAGUAUGAAGGAGAAGGACCACAAGAGAGCCAACAAUUCAACAUUCCACAACAUGGGCAUCGGCAGCUACAACACGGACGCCUUCUUACCCAGACAUGAUAUCUAUGUCAAGGACAAUCAGACCUGGAAAGUUAGAACAGUCAAGGCCAUCAUGAAGGAACUCGGUCAUGAAAAUAAAGUGAUUGACGUCCUUAAGAUGGAUGUGGAGACCUACGAGUGGACGAUUAUUGAUAACAUGGUAGAGACAGAUGUUUUUAAAUCUAUACGACAGUUUGAUGUAGAAUACCACCUCUUUCCUGACUACCCUCUUGCUGAGGAAUACAUUCACAUUUAUCAGGUAAGGCUGUCUUUUGCUGCUAUGUGA